AUGGCGGGUCUCGACCAGGCGCCGGCUCCGGCGCGCAUCACCCUCGUUCUCGGCGGCGCCCGCUCGGGCAAGAGCACCCAUGCGGAGGCGCUGCUCGACGACCAUGCGGGCCCCCGGCUCUACAUCGCCACGGCGCAAGCGCGCGACGACGAGAUGGCGGCCCGCAUCGCGGCGCACCGCGCCCGCCGCGGGCCCGGCUGGCGCACGGUCGAGGCGCCGCUCGCGCUCGCCGAGACCCUCGAAGCCGAGAGCCGCGCCGGCAGCGCGCUGCUGGUCGAUUGCCUCACCCUCUGGCUCAGCAACCUGAUGGAGGCCGGCCGCGAUAUCGCCGCCGAGAUCGAGCGCCUCGUCGCCUGCCUCGGCCGGCUGGAGGGGCGACGGUGCUGGUCUCGAACGAGCCGUGAGCGCGUCGUGAGCGAGCCCCGCAUCGCCUCGCUGGUGCCGAGCGCGACCGAGAUCGUCGCGGCCUUGGGCCUUGCCGGCAGCAUCGUCGCCCGCAGCCAUGAAUGCGACUGGCCGCCUGAGGUCGCGCGAGCGCCGGCCUGCACACGCGCCAGGAUCGACACGACCCUGCCAAGCGGCGCGAUUCACGAGGAGGUGGGCCAGCUUCUCUCAGCAGCGCUCAGCCUCUACGACCUCGAUACCGAGAUCCUGCGCUCCGCGCGGCCGAGCCACAUCGUCACCCAGGACCAGUGCGAUGUGUGCGCGGUCGGCCUGAACGAGGUCGAGGCUGCGGCGGCAGAGUUUCUUGAGGCGCCGGUCGAGAUCGUCUCGCUCGCGCCGAUGCGCUUGGCGACGUGUGGGACGAUAUCGCGCGCGUGGGCACGGCACUCGGCGUCGACGCCGCGCCGGUCUGCGACUGGGCUGCGGGCGCGGGUGGACGCAAUCGCCAAGCGCGCCAAGGCCCUUGCGCCCAAGCGCGUCCUCACCGUCGAGUGGAGCGACCCGCCAUGA